CAUCGUUUAUUUCUGCAGGGAAACGGGAAAAGACCAAUCAAAAAUAAGGAUACUAGCAUGUGGAGCGGCUACCUAGAAGAGCCCAGUUGCUACAGCAUCGUCUUUAGUGUCUUACCGAGCAAGAAAGAUGGAGGAAAUAGAAGAUUCUCCUCCUGCUUCCGAAGACCUAAUUCCCUGCAAAAUAUGUGGAAGAAGUUUUUUCACAAAGGUUCUUAAAAAACAUGUGCCGAUUUGCCAGAAGACGGCUGCAAAGAAAAGAAAGGUGUUCGACUCCAGCAGGCAAAGGGCAGAAGGGACCGAUAUUUCUACAGUCAAACCCAUAAAACCAAAGUUACAAAGUUCUUCCAGCAGCUCUAAGUCUGAUAAACCUGACCCACCGAAGAAGCAGUCCAAUUGGCGCAGAAAGCAUGAAGAAUUCAUUGCCACCAUUCGUGCUGCCAAAGGGUUAGAUCAAGUAAUGAAAGACGGAGGACCCCUUCCUCCACCCCCGCCUCCUUCUUAUGAUCCAGAUUAUAUCCAGUGUCCCUACUGCCAGCGACGCUUCAGUGAGAAUGCAGCAGAUCGCCACAUUAAGUUCUGUAAAGAGCAAGCAUCCAGAAUUUCCAACAAAGGCAAGUUUCCUGGGAGUGAUAAAGCCAAACCUCCAGCUAGGACUCAGUACAAACCCCCUCCACCAAAGAAGGCAAACUCUCCUGCUGCGUCCACGGUGUCCUCCGUGACUUCUCGUCUACCUCAGCGCUCCGCCUAUGGGCAGGGUGCUGGCACAGGUAUUCCUAGCAGCAAAACCUCAUCCACUGGCUCAGUGAGGAGCACAUCUUCAGGAUACUCUCCAUUACGAAACGCCUCCUCUGGCUUGACCAGCCCUCCCUCGGAAGGGAACAUGAAACCCAAGGGCAUGGUUUCACAAAGUUCGCUGAGAAAUCCACCUUCUGGUGUAGGGAUGAACAAGAAGAAGCUCCAGAACGCAGACAACUGUAUUUCAAGGAAUGAUGUGAAAAAUGAAAAUGAAAUCAAUUUUUCCACAACGGGCACCAAGUUUUGCCACGAGUGCGGGACCAAGUACCCUGUGGACUGGGCCAAGUUCUGCUGCGAGUGCGGAGUGAAACGAAUGUACAUAUAAAAGUAAGACUGACUCACUGUAGCCGCAAAAACAAGGGUAUUACUUUCCAAACAGUUAGUGUACUUGGCAAAUCCUUGUGCUGUAAAAAUAUUUCACUUGUAAUCUGCUCCUGUUUCUAUAGAAAGAAUCCCAUCCCAACCUUCCACUCACUUUUAUUUAAUUUAAUUUUUUCGUUGGAGGAAAUAUGAAAGUGCAAUAUGAUUGGUUACUACUACAAAAGUAGUAUUAUCUCCGUUAUAAUUAUGAUUAAAAUAUUCAUGUGAAAUUGACUUAAAUUGAUCCAGGCCUUAAAAUGGCUCCAUAUCACUCAUAAAAUGUAACCAUUCUAAUGUUAAUCUUAUUGUAGUGUGUCGUUUUGAGGGAAUUGAAAUGCUAUUUUAAUUUAAAAUAUUUGCUUUUUAAACACAUCGACGACGGUUCUUUCGCUGAGCAAUCCUCUUUUGUAUUUCACUUUGUUUUUAUACGUUCGCGAUUUGUUUUUGUGUGUUUUUAACAGUAUUGAACAUGAAAAUGACUUGUAGAAGUUGGCGUCGUAUAUUUAUUAGACAUGCAAUCCGUCACAUCUGUUCAGCCUUGGUUGAUCAUAUUUACACAUUAACACAACAUACAAAACUUAAAGGUGUCUGCAAUGUCAUGUCACAUCCUUCAAGAGCGUCCACCAUAUUACAAACCUUACAAAAAGUAGCUUUACAAUGGUAUUUAAUUGCUUUUGAGCCUUUAAGUUUGAUCACUGCUGGUCCAGGGUGAGAGAGGUCGAGGAGCUCAUAUACGUUUUAAGCAUCACUCUGCACCUUGUUAUUCUUGUAUUACUGCUGUUCUGGCAGUAAAUAUAGCUUAUGAAUACCUGCUUUUGGGAUUAUGACCAAUUUUGCCAUUAAAGAAUACAGUGGUUAAAAUUGGUUAAAUUCAUCCUAUAUAAAUAAAGUGGAAAACAUGAA